UAGUGAUGGUAAGUUAAAGAAAGCAAGAGGAAGAAUGAGGGUUUGUUUUUUUUUUUUGGUAUUUUUUUUUUAAUUCCAGGACUGAGAAAGAACAAUAAAAGCUGGGGAAAGACUAGGCUUCUUGGUUGACUUGGGUUAGCAGCAUGACAAUUCCUGAAUAUACCUAAUCUAGGGUUGGGAGGGAAUUUGUGCAGGAAAUUCUGGAAAGGCUCUAAGAAAUCAAUUUUCACAGAAAGUCACCAAGCAGAUCUUUUCCCAGUAAGGUCGACAGAAUGGAAGCAUCCUGACCAGUGCUCAAGACUCCAGUAUUGCGUCAAGUUUGCAUCAAAACUGACUUUUGCCUCUCUCAAUCCAGCCAGUUCUGGAGAAGGACGAUUGGUAGUAACUGAUGUUCUUGUCAGCAAGUAGGCGGAGAACUCUGGUCCCCAGAGAAAAGAAGGGCUGAAGCUCCCCCCCAGCUUAGAGAAGCAGAGGAGGCGGGGUAAGUUUGAUGGGAAACUGUGUAAUUUCCUCUUUUUACUUUCACAGCGAUAAUACAAAGUCCAGAAUGGAUGUCUUCUUUGUAGCCAUCCUUGCGGUGCCACUUAUCUUGGGACAAGUACCACAGUAUGAAGAAGGACUGGGAGUAAGUGAUUAUUAUCAGGUGACCUAUUAUGACACAAUCACUCCUAAUUAUGAUGACUUUGGUAUAAAUUUUACCCUUGACUACUCCAUGUUUGAGUCCGAGGACAGGUUGAAUAGGAGGGAUAAGGAGGUAACAACACAAGCAAUAGAAACUACCCUUAGUCUUGAAACAGAACGUCCAGACCACCAGAAGCCUGUAACCACGAAACCAGUAAUCACGGAAACACAGAGUCCAGACCAGAAUGAUGCUGUGUCCAGUCUGCAGAGUCCUGUUUCCCUUCUGCUGUCCUGGGCCCUCCUCCAAGGGGGGAUGUAUUUCAUGUAGGAGGUGAGAAAAAGCUGCUUUGACUCUUUGGAUGAAGCUUUAGCAAGAAGUUGGAAAAUAAAAUUUUUU